AUGAUGCUUCCAAUUUCCGGCCACCCAUCAACCGAGCUCGAAGCCCCUAAAAAGCGACCUAACAAAUCAUGCCCAUCCAACCUUACUCCUCUCCAUCGCGCUUUAAUCUUCACUGUAAUCUUUUUUCAAGUAUCUAUUGUUUUAUAUCUUACUCGUACCCACCAUCUAUCUCUACCCGAAUCACAUCAAGUAUCACCUGUAUUUCAAGCCCGAGAAUCUAGGAUAGUAUCAAAAAUCUCAUCCAAAACUUACGGCAGCUUGCCAAACAAAGGCAUAUCAAAUAUCUUAUCAAAAACUUACAGCAGCUUGCCAAACAAAGGCGUACCAAAUGUCUCAUCAGCAACUCAGGGCAACUUGCCAAACAAACGCCAUGGCAGCUUGUUAAACAAAGGCGUAUCAAAUAUCUCAUCAAAAACUCACCGCAGCUUGCCAAAAAAAGGCGUAUCAAAUGUCUCGUCAAAAACUCACGGCAGCUUGCCAAACGAAGGCGUAUCAAAUAUUUCUUCGGAAACUUACGCUAGCUUGCCAAACAAAGGCGUAUUAAAUAUCGCAUUGGAAACUUACGGCAGCUUGCCAAACAAAGGCUGCGAUUCUGGUCGGAUUUAUGUCUAUGAUCUCCCCCCGAUGUUCAAUUACGAUCUCAUGAACAAUUGCAACCAACUAGAGCCGCCGGACAACGAAUGUGACAGAAAUUUGAACGACGGUCUCGGACCAGCGGCGAGAGAGUUCGCCGGAAUGCUACCGGAGAGUAUUAUCCCUGCGUUUUACUGGACGGACAUGUAUUGGGGCGAGGUCGUGUUCCACAAUCGGAUGCUGAACCACAAGUGCCGAACGCUAGAGCCGGAAUCCGCUACGGCGUUCUACAUACCUUUUUAUGCUGCGCUGGAUGUGAGAAAACACUUGUUCAAUCACACCGUAAGAGAGCGCGAUAUGCUUCCAGAGAUGUUGACCGAUUGGGUCCAGGAACAGAAAUGGUGGAAGAGAUCCAUCGGCUCCAAUCAUUUCAUCAUGCUUGGAAGGAUUACAUGGGAUUUCCGACGUGAGGGAGACUCCGACGCCGAUUGGGGGAACAGAUUCCUCCAUAUGCCGGCGAUGCGGAACGUCAUCCGUGUAUCCGUGGAGCGUAGCAUCUGGGACGACCUAGAAAUCGCUGUACCUUACCCCACCAUAUUCCACCCCAGGUCAGAUUCCGAUAUCUUUGAGUGGCAGGAGUUCGUCCGGAGCCGCCGCCGAAACCACCUGUUUGCCUUCGUCGGCGGCGGUCGUUCUUCGAUCAAGAACGAUUUCCGGGGGAUUUUACAGAAACAGUGCCUCGAUGAGUCAACCGUGUGUCGCCACGUGAACUGCGGCUGGAAAAACUGUAGCGACCGGAAGACGGCGGUCAUGGAAGCGUUUCUCGACUCCAAUUUCUGUCUCCAGCCGAGGGGGGACGCUUUCACGAGGCGGUCAGUUUUCGAUUGCAUGUUGGCCGGUUCGAUACCGGUUUUCUUCUGGAGGCGGACGGCUUACAUGCAGUACGAGUUAUUCAUGCCGAUCGAACCAGAGGAUUACUCUGUUUUUAUACACCGUGACGAUGUACGUAACAGAACGGAUAUAAGGAGAGUGUUAGAAAGGUAUGGAAGGAAGGACGUGAAAAAGAUGAGAGAGAAAGUAAUAGAAUAUAUACCACGAUUUGUGUAUGCGAAACCGAGUCAAGGGUUAGAGAAAACAAGAGAUGCUUUUGAUAUUGCUCUUGAUGGGGUACUGACCAAAUACAAGGCUCACAUGGAGAAGGGUAGAAUUGGGAAUUGGAAUGAAAUAUGAAUGAUCAAAUGUGCACAAUUUUCAUUUCGAUCAUGGUGUUAUAUGGAGUAUUAAUUUGUUUUCUUUGUUUAUUUCAACUAGUGUUAUUUCAAUUCAUUUCAA